AUGGCAGCAGAUCCGCUGACUGCGUCAACCGUCGAUGGUCUCUUGAACCUCGACAACUUUGACUAUGACGAUCCCUUCAAUGACCGGCCAACGCAGCAAGAUGGUGUGGAAGGCCUGUCAUCGAGUCCCGGGUUCAAACGAAAGGCAGAUGACCUGCUGGAUGCCAGCCUGGGAUUAGAUGAAGAGGUCAAAGUCACCAAGAAGAGAAAACCGAUCUCAAAACUCGACGAAGCGAGACUCCUGUCGGCGCCAGGAAUCCCCAAGCUCCGCGCCGACGCACGCUCCGGGAAAUUCUCCAAGAAGCUGCGUCUCAAGGGAAAGGGCCACGAAUUUUCCGACGUCGCACGACUCUUGAAUUACUACCAGCUAUGGCUGGACAAUCUCUACCCGCGGGCCAAGUUCGCCGACGGACUACAAUUGAUCGAGAAAGUCGGGCACAGCCGACGCAUGCAGAUCAUGAGGAAAGAGUGGAUCGAUGAAGGGAAGCCGGGAUAUAUUAGAGACAGAGAGGCAAACAAGAUAGCAGACCGAGAGAAAGAAGCGGACAAGGAAGCAGAUGAUUUGUUUGUCGGGGUUCAGCCUGCGGCAGAUAACGUGGGCCCAGAGGCUGCGAAUGCCGACGUUGGCCCAGAGGAUGACUCUUUGUUCGUGCCGGACCUACACAACAACGCGGAUAAUGGGGAGGAUGAUGGUAUCCUCCCGGACGACGACGAGCUCGAUGCUCUCCUGGCCGAGCAAGAGACCCGUAUUACCACGCGUCCCGUGGCUGUUUCGAAACCAACAGAGGACGACGAUUCCGAGGGCGAUGAUGAUCUUGACGCUUUGCUGGCCGAGCAGGAAAUGAGGCGUGCGCCUCCGCCCCCUCCUACAUCUCAGCACACGUCGACAUUUGCGCCGAAACUCAAACCUUCGCCCUUUGGCGGAGAUGACAGCGACGAGGAUGAAGAAAUGGACGAUCUGGAUGCUUUGCUUGCAGAGCAAGAAGCGCGCAUGCAACCCAGCACUGCUCAAUCGAAGCUCAGCAGCAUACAGGCAUCGAGUACGCAGAACAAAGAUCGCCCAAGCUCAGCAGCAGAUCAGGAGUUGACCCAGGAUGACGAACUAGAUGUGUUGAUCGCCGAGCAGGAAGCACGGGGACAUGUCGCCCGCGAAGCUCCGACAUCUUCAGCACCUGCGGUCAGACCAGCGACGCCUCCUGCCGCAGCUGUCGCCGAUGGAGCUGACGGAGCCGAUGGCGCAGACAUGUUCUCCUCAUCUCCUGUGCGAGGUACAGCACCAAUCGGGCUGGGGCUUUCUGGGCAGCUUGAGCUUGAACGGGACCCUGCUAGCCCGAGAUCAACCGUCACCACCACCACUGGUCGAACGUAUGAGGCUGGAGCAUCCGAGAGCGAAGACGCACAAAGAUCCAGGCCUGGUGAUGACAGCAUUGAAGAAACAGCGGAGGAAAAGCAAGAGUCCCAGGGUCUGGAUGCCGGUGACAUGUUUUCAUCUUCGCCUGUGCAGAAUGAAUGA